CGGAAGGUGGUUUCCAUGACAAUGACGUUGUGUGGGGGUGGGUGUUACGCAAGCGCAGUGGGAGGUUUAGCAAGAUGGCGGCGGGGCUAGCGCAGAGGCAAAGCAGGGAGAUGCUCUGAGGCACCCCAAAGAGAGAGAGAGAGAGCAGCUGACAGUGACAGCGAGGCAAAAACAGUGGACGUCUGGUGAUAUAACACAGCGGGGCGUUGUGGGGUUAAGUGUGACUGCUCACUGGAUAUAACUAGACCUCUGGGAAGGCACCGGCCAGUUCGGGACACAUGAGCCGCAGCAGUUCCCGCAAUCUACCUGUAGCAGAGGCGACGGAAGCAGAGAGGGGGACGUAAGGGGCCCCUUCGGAACAGGUCUGAGGAUGAAGUUCGCUGAGCAUUUAUCGGCGCACAUCACCCCGGAGUGGAGGAAGCAGUAUAUCCAGUAUGAGGCCUUCAAGGAGAUGCUCUAUGCGGCCCAGGACCAGGCUCCGUCUAUAGAAGUAACAGAUGAGGACACUGUGAAGAGGUAUUAUGCCAAGUUUGAAGAAAAAUUCUUUCAGACAUGUGAGAAGGAACUUGCCAAAAUAAACACAUUUUAUUCAGAAAAAUUGGCAGAGGCCCAGCGGUGUUCAGCAACCCUACAAAAUGAACUGCAGUCUUCACUUGAUGCACAGAGGGAGAGCAGCACCCUACCAGGCCUUAGGCAGCGUAGGAAGGCAGUGUUUGCUUUGACACACGAGGAGCGGGUACAGCACAGGAAUAUAAAGGACCUGAAACUUGCAUUUAGUGAGUUCUAUCUGAGCUUGAUUCUGCUUCAGAACUACCAGAAUUUAAACUUUACAGGGUUCCGUAAAAUCCUUAAGAAACAUGACAAGAUCCUGGAGACAAGUCGUGGGGCAGACUGGCGUGUUGCUCAUGUGGAGGUGGCACCAUUUUACACCUGCAAAAAAAUCAACCAGCUGAUCUGUGAGACUGAGAGUGUUGUAACCAAUGAUUUAGAAAGCGGGGACAGACAAAAAGCCAUGAAACGCUUGCGGGUGCCACCUCUUGGUGCAGCCCAGCCAGCUCCAGCCUGGACAACCUUUCGUGUUGGACUCUAUUGUGGCAUUUUUGUGGUUUUGAACAUGGCAGUCAUAAUGGCAGGUACCUUCUACCUUAAGAACGGUGAUGUGUGGCCCAUGGUUCGAAUUUACAGGGGUGGAUUUCUUCUUAUUGAAUUCCUGUUUCUUCUUGGCAUCAAUACAUAUGGCUGGAGACAAGCUGGGGUUAACCAUGUCCUAAUCUUUGAGCUUAAUCCCCGCAAUAACCUUUCCCAUCAGCAUCUUUUUGAGAUUGCAGGUUUCUUGGGAAUAUUGUGGUGUUUCAGCCUGUUCUCCUGCAUUUUUGGAUUGCGGAUCAACCUACAGAUGCAUCUGAAUCCUUUAAUUCUGUAUGGUUUAAUGUUACUCUUCCUUGUCAACCCCACCAAAACCUUCUAUUACAAGUCUCGAUUCUGGCUCCUUAAACUACUGUUCCGGGUUUUCACUGCACCAUUUCACAAAGUGGGUUUUGCAGAUUUCUGGCUGGCCGAUCAACUUAAUAGUUUGGCUGUUAUUCUCAUGGACCUGGAGUUCAUGAUCUGCUUCUACAGUUUUGAGCUUAACUGGGGACAAAGCGAAGGACUUAUUAUCUCAGAUAACAGCGUGUGUAACUCAUAUUCAUACGGAGUGCGUGCUGUGGUUCAGUGUAUUCCUGCCUGGCUACGGUUUAUCCAGUGUCUCAGACGGUACCGUGAUACCAAGCGAGCUUUCCCUCACCUGGUGAAUGCUGGGAAAUACUCCACUACAUUCUUCAUGGUCACAUUUGCUGCCCUCUACAGUACCCACAAAGAGCGAAACCACAGUGAUGCGCAGGUAUUUUUCUACCUGUGGAUCAUCUUCUAUUUCAUUAGUUCCUGCUACACCCUUAUCUGGGAUUUAAAGAUGGACUGGGGGCUCUUUGACCGCAACGCAGGAGAGAACACCUUCCUCCGGGAAGAGAUUGUGUACCCACAGAAGGCUUAUUAUUAUUGUGCAAUUAUCCAAGAUGUUAUCCUCCGAUUUGCUUGGACUAUUCAGAUCUCCGUCACAUCCCUAAACCUGUUCACAGAUGCAGGAGAUGUCAUUUCCACUGUACUUGCACCUCUUGAGGUCUUCCGCCGCUUUGUGUGGAACUUCUUCCGUCUUGAGAACGAGCAUUUGAAUAACUGUGGUGAAUUCCGUGCUGUGCGAGACAUCUCUGUUGCACCACUGAAUGCAGAUGACCAGACCCUGCUUGAGCAGAUGAUGGAUCAAGAGGACGGAGUAAAGAAUCGAGUUAAGAGCAGAAUAUGGAAACGUAGCCUAAGCGUGUCCCUUCGUAGGCCACGGCUGUCAUCCCAGAGUAAGAUGAAAGAUGCAAAGAUCCUGAUCGAUGAUACUGAUGAUGAAGCGAACACAUGAAAAAAAAAGUCCAUAAUAAUACAGCCUCAACCAUCUCAGGCUGUUAUUUUCUCCACUCUGGCUUCUCUCUGCCCUUCCACACACUCCCAUUGUCAUUAGGCUUGUUGCACGCCUGCGUAUUACAUUUUAAAUGAUUCUUGAAAUCCAUGGUUAGAAGUAACAAGAGAAGCUGCAGACAGACCCUUGCCAGAAGCUACUAGAAUGGAAUGAACUGUCGGGACACUGAGGGUUGUUCAUACAUAUCAUCCCGCAAGUCUUCUGUUUCAUUUCUUGCCUGAUUUUAAAUGGACUUGAAUUCAUAUUUGAAAUGAUGCUGUGGUGCCACAAAACACCAGCUUUGCUGGUAGUGUUUUAUUUUUCACAGCAGUUAUUUGAUGUUUGUCUUCUACUGACCCAUUUUUUCUUUUCUUUUUUUUAUGCAUUUACAAAUCACCAUGAAUAUUUUGUUUUCCCACCCUCCCAGCAGUGCAGGGAGGGGCCCUACAAAUAUGAGGCUGGGGGAGUGACAAAGUUGCAAGGGAUAUUUUCCUUUCAUUCAUGUUCACAACUUCAUUGUUUUAAACCAAAGUUAGUUUUGUUUUUAAUCUUUCCAAACUUCUUAGACAUCUGUAGUCUUUCUUACUGCAUAUGUUCAUAUCCUUAAUAAUUGUCUUGGUGGCAGUCAGCCAUUUCAGCAUCUGACAGAAGCCAGUCCUGCUAAGGGCCUGAAUUCUGCUCUUUGUAAGAGCUGAGCACUCUACUAUACUAGCCUCAAUGAUUUGCACUGGGAAGUUGUGCUGUCUGCUGACCACUUUGCUGCUUAGUAUUUAGCUAUGGGUUACACUCCCACCAUACUGCAGUGGUUAAAUGCAGCCUUCUCUCUCUCUUACUGCCUGAGGAUAUGAAAAUACUGCGUAUUGUGGUGCAGUCAACUCAUCUAUGUACUGGCUCAUAACUUAUGUUCAGUCUCAUUGUUGCCUUUUGGGUUAUACCACAUAUGCCAGCAACUCCUUCCACAAGGGCUCACAACAGGGAACCAGUCUUUAACCUCUUUCUUUCCUUUUCUCCCCCGCACUGUAAAAGAUGCGCAAUGCAGUCAUUGGACACGGGGCAUCAUGGUACAUAAGACAUUGCCUACAGCUAUAUAAGAGCCCAGCUAGGUUAAAUAUUUAUCACCUGCUCCAUGAGACAGGCUCAGUAAUAUCAUGAAAGUUGCCCCACUUCUCACCCGUUUGUUUUUCCAGUAAGUGCAAGGACAAUCUUUAAUCUAGACCUCCUUUGGGUGACAAUUUACCUCUAGAAGAUUCUAGCACUUGUCACUCUUCUCCCUUCAUUUUUUGUGAAUGGGUUGAAAGAGUGAGAGUGGCUAAGAGCAUUUCUGAGGUUUGUGACCUGUGCUGUUUUGUCUCGCUGUAGCUGUGUCUGUGGAUUGCUGUUCUGCUUGGCUUCUCUUAUCUGUGCGCAUGCUGUGUACCUAUUGUUCUGAUGGAGAUAAUCGUCUUUAUAAAAAGGGACUCAACCGCUGAGUUUAGGGAGAUGGCACCAGUUUCUCUCAUCGGGCCUAUAUUCACAUAUACAGGGAACACUAUUCCUUUCUAAUUUGGUUUCCUUAAUGAUAGUAAUCUAAAUGG